UAAAAAAAACUUAUAACAAGUGCGUAUUAAACUGGUAAUUGUGACAUUUCAUAUUGCCCGCUAAAAGAACGUGAAUAUUAUUUUUUGUGAUUAAAAUCUUGCAGAUUAAGCCGAAAUGUUUACAAAACAAUAAUUUUACAAGAUAGUGCAUGUCAUGAAAGUCAAAUAUGGCGACCACUGCGAUGGUAGUGUCUCCCCUCGCCACGCAGUCCUCCCCCAAAAAUAAGAGGAGGCUCUUCGCUGAGGCCAGACAGAAUAGUCUACAAAAGUUAAGCGUCAUCUUUGACCAUGGAAACAAAAACGGCAAUGGUGGGGAGACGACGUGGUGUUUUAGUCAGGUGAAGGGCACGUUGGAGGAUGACGUGACCGAGGCCGACCUUAUCUCCUGUGUCGAGUUCAACCACGACGGCGAGCUGCUUGCCACCGGCGACAAGGGUGGCAGAGUUGUUAUAUUUCAGAGAGACCCAGCAUCUAAGCAAUGUGUACCGAAGAAAGGGGAAUACAAUGUAUACUCUACGUUCCAAUCACACGAGCCGGAGUUCGACUACCUCAAGUCAUUGGAGAUAGAGGAGAAGAUCAACAAGAUACGGUGGCUCAAGCGGAAGAAUCAGGCACACUUCCUGCUGUCCACCAAUGACAAGACGAUCAAGCUAUGGAAGGUGUCGGAGCGUGAUAAGCGCGUGACGGGAUACAACACGCGUGAGGAGGGCGGCCGACUGCGGCAUCCCUCGCGGGUCACACAGCUCAGGGUGCCAACAGUGCGACCUGCGGAACUCAUGGUCGAAGCAUCGCCCAGACGUAUCUUCGCGAAUGCACACACGUACCACAUCAACUCGAUCUCGCUGAACUCUGAUCAGGAGACGUACCUGUCGGCUGAUGAUCUUCGCAUCAACUUGUGGCACCUCGAGAUCACCGACCAGAGCUUCAAUAUCGUCGACAUCAAGCCCGCCAACAUGGAGGAACUCACCGAGGUUAUAACCGCGGCGGAGUUCCACCCGACUGAAUGCAAUCUCUUUGUAUAUUCUAGUAGUAAGGGUACAAUAAGGUUAUGCGACAUGCGAGCGGCGGCGCUAUGCGACAGGCACGCGAAGCUGUUUGAGGAGCCGGAGGACCCGCAUGCGCGCUCCUUCUUCUCAGAGAUCAUCUCCUCCAUUAGUGACGUCAAGCUCAGCAACUCGGGCAGAUACAUGAUGUCUAGGGAUUAUUUAGGUUUAAAAGUAUGGGAUCUUAGAAUGGAAACAAAACCUGUAGAAACAUAUCCAGUGCACGAAUAUCUUCGGUCGAAGCUGUGCUCGCUGUAUGAGAAUGACUGCAUAUUUGACAAGUUUGAAUGCUGCUGGAGCGGUGAUGACCAGAGGCUCAUGACGGGAUCCUACAAUGGCUUCUUUAGGAUAUUCGAGCGCGGUGGUGCGGGUGGUGCUGGUGUGGCGGGUGCGGGCGGCGCGGGCGCAGCCACACGACGCGGCGAGCUAACAUUGGAGGCGUCACGUGACGCAGCCGCACGACCCCGGCAGCCGCUGCGUGCGCGUCGCGUCGCAGCCACCGCCAAGAGGAAGAAGGAUGAGAUAAGCGUUGAUUGUCUAGACUUCAACAAGAAGAUUCUGCACACGGCGUGGCAUCCGCACGAGAGUGUCAUCGCCGUCGCUGCCACCAACAACCUCUUUAUAUUCCAGGACAAGUUCUAGCGGCCCGCCAACCACACAUAUAGAUAACAUUAGUGAAGAUCAUCGUCAUACAUACAUAUGGAUGUGUGAAGCGACUCCAGGUUGUAUACGUAAGGGAGGGGGGAGGCGGGGAGGGGGGGGGGUCCGUGCCUUACAAUGUAUGUAGUGUUUUUGUUGUACCACUAUUUAUUAUGUCUACCUUUUGAAUGCCUCGCG